CUUUUAUUUCACUGUUUUGGGGCAUUGGAUGUCAUUAGAUUAUAUAUUACUGUAAUCAAAAUUUGUAUAACAUAUGAUUCAUGAAAAUAGUCUCAAAUAGGAUCACAGUAUGUCGUACUGUAACUCUUUGUCCAGAUGUCAGAAACAUGGUUCCAAAUAAACUCUUAACUCUGGUGUUUGUAAGGGAGGCUUCUAGAAUCCUCCUUGGGAUGAAAAAGAAAGGAUUUGGUGCUGGGCGAUGGAAUGGAUUUGGAGGAAAAGUCGAAAAAGGAGAAACAAUAGAGGAAGGAGCAAAAAGAGAGUUACAAGAGGAAAGUGGAUUGGUCGCUGAACAACUCGACGAAGUUGGACGUCUGAUGUUUGAAUUUGAAGGGGACCCACAGCUAUUAGAAGUUCAUGUAUUCUCCACAAGAAACUACAAAGGUACCCCCACAGAGUCAGAUGAGAUGCGCCCACAGUGGUAUAAUAUAGACAGUAUUCCAUACAGUAAUAUGUGGCCCGAUGACAAAUACUGGGUACCUCUAUAUCUACAGGAUAAAAAAUUCUCAGGGUAUUUCAAGUUCAAAGGACAUGAUGAUAUAAUUGAACAGACUUUGAAAGAAGUUGAUAAUCUACAGAAUCUGUAGUGUAGUUUAUUAGUUAAAAAGUUCCAGGUCAAAUCUGGUGCAAUGAAGCUUGUGUUUUAAGGGAUUCUACAUCACAUUAUUUACAUGAGUAAGUUAUAUGACAAUAAGUGGACAGACACACACCAGUAUACUACUGGUGGGUCUAGAUAUGGUGGGGUGGGUUACGUGGGUGUCAAUUUUUGGACCUAAAAUUGGCAUUUUGACCUCAAGCUGAGGCCUCAUGUUCG